ACUAAUUUGUGAUAGCCAGUAGAGUUCCUAACCUAACUUAAUUGUCACAAGUGAGUGCAAGUGAGUAUUCAGAUAGCGCGUGUGCUAAAGAUUGUGUGUCAAACGGUAUUUGAAUAUCCGUCAAAAGGAAACAUUGAAGUUCACCUUCAUCCGAAGGAGAACUUUAAAGAAAAGAACAAAUGUGCAUUAAGACACUUAUGAUUUUUAUCAAUUUGUGAUAUUUCAAUGAUUAUUUACUAUUUUCUAUUACAAAGAGUGACCCCAAAAAUGCCCUGUAUUCUCACGCUCGAUUCUGGACUUUAUUUUGGUGAUAAAUGAUAGUAAACCAUGAGACACUAAUCUUCUGAAACUUUAAAAUUGAGUCUACUCUUUGUUGCCAAGUUAUAAAGCCUCAAAAUUAUCAUUUUAUACUGUGUUUCUCAAAACGGAUCUUUGCAUGCGAAUAGCUUAAGCAUUUUGGAGAAAAAUGUUUCAGACAAAAGUUGCAGAAUGUGAAAGGGUACACAAAAUGAUAAUCUUUACUGUGACCUUGAAGACACUCCUGAAGGUCAUUUGGAGGUCAACUUUUGAUUUGUAAAUAAGAACUUUUAUUUAAAGUAACGCUUAGGAGUGAAAUAAUUAUUAGAAAGUAUUUUUUUGGACCGGGGGUGAAUAAUAAAGGUGGCUUUGGGAAAUAAAGUCCGGAAUCGAGGGCGAGAAUACAGGGCAUUUUUGGUCUGUUUUUAGGGUCACUCUUUAUUUAAGUAAUAUACUCGUAAAAUUAUUUUAAACAAUUUUAUUUAGUCGUGUAUGACAAGUCAAAAGAGGAAAAAAUAUUCAGACAGUUCUUGAAAGAGCUCUUUCUUGUCCGUUCAGGGAAAACUCUAUCAACAAUGUUGGUAAAACUAUAAAUAUACCCAGAACUACACUUUUAUAUAAAUACAAAGAAAAAUUGCCAAUGGGAAAAAACGUGGGUCCGACCAUUUCUAAAUAAAGUUGAAGAAACUGAAGUUGUAAAAUAGAUUAUGCAUCUUAGUCAGCGAGGUUUUAUUCCUAUUACAAAAAGUCAAUUAAUUAAUAGCGUGCAAUUAUUGAUAAAAACUUUGGCACGAGAUACACCAUUCAAAGAUGGACGUCAUUGGUUUGAGUCCUUUCUAAGACAUCCAGAAAUUACCCAGAAUUUCACAAAAUCUUUCUCAUAGUCGAACAUCUGUAACAGAGACUACUACAAGAAUGGUUUGCAGAAGUAAAGCAACAUUUAGAACAAUGUAAACUUGUCAAUAUUGAUAAAUUGAGAGUGUUUAAUUGCGAUGAAUCAGCAUUCUUUCUUUGUCCAAAAGAACACGUUUUAGUUUAAAAAAAGGCGAUAAAACUGUAUACAAUUUUACACAAAAUGAUGACAAAGAAUGUUUAACAGUUCUUUUCAUGACAAAUGCUAAAGGUCAAUUGCCUUUUCCUAUGAUUAUGUUUCCCUAGCAACGAAUUCUGUACAAUAUUUUUCAAAGUAUAUCAGAUGGUUGGGGCAUUGAAAAAUCUGAUAAAGGCUGGAUGAUAGCAGAAUCAUUUUUUGAAUAUAUAAGCAACGUAUUUUAUUCAUGGCUUUUACAAAAUAAGAUUCCUCGUCUUGUUAUUUUGUAUGUUGACGGUCAUUGUUCCCAUUUAACCAUGCCAUUAUCGCAGUUUUGUGCUCAAAAUGGUAUCGAGUUAAUAGCGUUAUAUCCAAAUGCCACUCAUCUAAUGCAACAUUUAGACGUAGCAUUUUUUUGCUCGUUGAAUAGCCUGGAAGAAAACGGUGCAAGAAUGGCGUAUAAAACAAUCUGGAAAAUGUUUAAAAAAUACUUUGAAUGUUCCAGAAAUAAUGGAUUUCAAGCAUGUGGACUUCUCCCAUUUUCUGUGGAUGUUUUGCAGUAUAACAGUUUGUUAAUGAAACAAAAUCUAAAUAACAUUAAUAAUGUUCAAGAAUUUUCAAAGGAAGAGCAACAGAAAUACUUGAAAAUUUUCGAACAAUUUAUAGCUGCCGAGAUAUUAAAGACUUUCACGAAGGCUAGAAAAAAAAAAUUUGGAACGAUGAACUUGAAAAUAAUACUUUUUGGUUGCCACUUUAAAAUCUUCUAAGUAAUUUCUUUUAAUUUUCUAAAUUUAUUUGUGAUAUUCACUUACGCGGUCUAGUUCAAAUUU